UGGCUUUUCUACAUUCAAAGAAAUAAAUAAACAAUGGUUUUGUUAUUCAAACAGUGCAGUAAUGUAGCUUACAUCAUAAUUCAUUAUUGGAAACAAAAAGCGGGCCGCUUGAACCAUCCAUAAACUCGUUUCAUGAAAAAACCCGAAUAACACCGAUUUCUAUUGAUACCGCGAAUUUUCAACUGGAUAGAAUAAUUUGUUUUAAUAAUGCGGCGCCCGAUCGUUCAUAAGAAAUUUUAUUUUAUCAAAUGUCGUCCUGAAAAUUAUUUAUUGCGCAAGCACGGCAGCAGGUCCGGUAGAAUUAUGGGAGAACAACAACAACAAAACCGGUGAAGUUACCUAGAAACCCGCAUGUAUGAACUACCGCUACGACACGAGUAUGAUGCCUCAAGCUGAUUUGUUACGUGUGUGCUUGUCAUGUUGGAGACGAAUUCCAUCUCAGCUUAGUAGACAAAUAUUGCAUCAUAAAUACCCGGCCACAAGUGCUGUCACCUGCAAUGGCCAGUGUGGUAAAAGGUGGACAAGCAUGCUUACACUGAACAGCAAACAGUUUUCCACCUCAAGUAAACCAGAUGAUAUCGAUAGCAAUCCUUUCUUUGAAAAAUAUAAACAGAAGUUAAAACACAUGCAAGAAGAAAAUCCAGAGGAGUAUGAGUCUAGACUACAAGAAAUGAAAGAGAAAUUAAAACCAAAGAAAGAGGACACACCGCAAGAGCCCCCACCACAGAGGACAGAGCCACCUCCUAAACGAGAUAUACCUGGCUUUAGCGGUCCAAGGACAUGGCCACCUAAGAGUUUAGAUGAAAUUAUGAAGUUAGAAUUGAUCAAGGAUCUGGAUGCUAAGGCAAUCACACAGUUAUGGCAGGAAUAUCAUAUAGCAAAGGACUGUAUAUUCUCAGUAUUUCCAACAGAGCAUUAUGAUGAAUUGAUAUCCAAGUCACAGAUAAACCCCAAUUUUAUAUUUACCUUGCCAAAAGGGGAUGGUUAUGAGUUUUACCUGUGUCAGUUUAGUGGGAAGGAUGUUUACUUCACUCCGUUAGCUAUGUAUCAGCUUGUCAAAGAAAAUGCACCACCAUGUCUAACAGUGGCACACUUUCCUGAGCUAAAAGAUGAUAAAGGAAUUGUUCUGAUGGCAGGAGAGUAUGAUGAUAAAGUGAUCAGAAAGACUGAAGCACUCAAUCUUGUAAAACAGAUGACAUUAUAUUAUGGAAGAGAUGCCGGAGAGAGAUACAAACUUGUGCGGACGUUUCACACUAACCCUGAACAGUUUCAGUAUAUGGAUAUUAUAGAACAGUAUAAAAUGAACAAAGAAUUUCUGGAAAAUAACCCAUAUUAGAAAAAAUAGAAAUAACAUUAUGUCA